AGUAUGAUUGUAGUGUGUGUGGGUGGAGUGUGUAUUAGUGCACGUGUGUGUACUUGUCACUGUGUUGGUUCUCUCACCUGAUACGUGUUAUAGAGCAGAGGAGUAUGGGUAGGAUGUCUGUUCCCUGAUCUCCUCAUUCAGGCAGAGCUCCAGCUGUUGCAACAGAAAUGUAUGACGGCAUUUCUUCAGAGGAAAUUGGCUUUGCUGUAUAUUGUGAGCAUUGAUCAAUUCAUUUUAUGGCCACUUGAAACUGGAGGAAGGAAGUAGGAACUCUUGUCAGACUGUACUUCUGAAGUCACCUUUAGAUGGCGCAGUAAGACAUUGCUACCUCUACAAAUAGAUUGGUGAUGGCUUCCAGUUCAUCUCAGGAACUAAGGAGAUCCAAAGGAGUUGAUGGUGAGAAUGUCCCGGUACCCAGUCCAAGAAACCUGUCCGCAAAUAGACUUUUAAGUGUAGAAAAGAGUGAUGUUCAGCAGUCAAGUGACAGGCCAGAUUUGCAGCCAGCCUCCAGUACCCAGGAAUGGGGGAAGCAAGACAUGCCAUUGUUACAGGAGCUGGAUUAUCUGAGACAUACCAAUAAGAAGCUGCAGGAAACCUUGAUGAGACGAGAGAAGGAUCUGGACACUCUGAAGUUGGAUGCAGAACUGCUGGAACAAGCCACGCAGGCCCGGAUCGCUGAGAAAACUGCAGCCCUUGUGGAAGAAGUAUACCGUGCUCAGCGUGAGCGAGAUGAUGCUAUUAUGGCUAGACUUAGACUGGCAAAUGAAGAACGAGACGAGGCACUGCUCCGUGUGCAGCAACUCCAGUUGGUUCUCCAACAGGUGGAAGAUGUUAACCCCGAAGAAGGUGAUAUGACUCUUCAGGAGCUUCUUGGAAGAUUGGGAGAAGCAGAAGGAGGCACGGCUAUUCAUCAGAAUGGGGAACUCAUUCUUGAGCGUAUUAGGAAGAGUCGAGAAAGACGAGAACAAAUCACGGCUGAAGAAAUGGGAGCUGUCAUACAAGACCGGGAUGCUGCUCGUGGUCAGUGCAAACAUCUGGAAAAGGAGCUUCAUCUGCUGAGAGAAAGCAAACAGAUCUGUACGGAUAUUGUAACAACGCAGAGGACCUUUGAUCCGGCUUCCAAGGUUCCACUGUCCUUUCUCCAGCAUGAUGAGAACAAGGUUGUAGAAGACUAUAAACGUCUGGAAGAAGAGCUUCAGAACCUGCGUGUAUACUACAGUUUGCACCAGUCCCUUUCUCAAGAAGUAAAUCUGAAGGAGCAGUUUUCUCAGGCAAUGACUCUGUACGAUGAAGCUCUGCAGAAUCGGGAGGAGCUCCUCAGCAUCAACCAGAAACAAAAUCAAGAGCUGGGCCUCCAACUGCGAGAAAUGCAGACCCAGAAUGUGGAGCUACAAGAAUCCCUGCGCAGGGCAUCUUCUACACAACAGGAAAUGGAAGAGAGAGGGCACAAGUUGGAAAGACUGGUUGAUGUAUUACGGAAAAAGGUUGGAGCUGGCAAUGUGCGCACAGUCCUUUGAUUGCCAUCCCUGAACAUAUGAUAGCCCUGCCGGGACAGCAUUACACUGCCAGAGACAUAGAAGUUGUGGACAAACUCAGCAAAUAUGAAGGGAUGGGGGAAGAUUUUUUUUUCGCACAACUAAGUUUACAAAGAACUUUUUUUAAACACAUUUCUGAUGCUGCUCCAAGUCUAUAGAAAGGGGACAGGGAGGCCAUUUCCAGACCCUCUGUUCGUUGUACACUUAACAAACACUGCCACUGCACACCUCACUACUAAGCCACCUGAACCUCAUCCACACCUCUUGUCUGCAGCUAUAGAAAUACUAGUUGUGAUGAAAGUUUACCCUCACUGAGACUUUGAUAAUAUCACAAUUUUUUUCUGUUUAAAGACACUUAUUGGUAAGUAGAAGACCCUCUGUGUUGGGAACAGAAACAUUUUCAGAUCCAGAGUAGAAACCACAGUGGGGAUCAUUAGAAGAAACAAGAUUCUGAUGUUUACCUCUUGUGAAACCAUUGAGUAAAGACCCCAUGCAUCUAUUUGUAGGUUCUGCAUCAGACAAUUGCAUAUGUUGACUCGGACUGGAGUCUUAAUAAACAAAAUUCAGACGUGAGCAAUUGUGACUACGCAUCCUUUACUUGUGCAAAUUGCAAAGGAUGCUAUAUUAAAUGAUGGCCCACAUGUUUUGGAGAAGCCUAGAAAACUGUAUGAAAUGUAUCACUAUAGUAAUUUCAUAAUUCUAUAUUAAAUCCUUUCUUAACAUAUUAAAGACAUAUUGGUUGGUAAA